GUGCGUCACCCGCCGGCGCGAACGCACGCCGCUCCAUCGCCAACGUUUCACAUCGUCUUAGCUUACAUCACUCGCUCAAAACACAACAUAUGCGUGUGUUAAGACGACACAAGUCAGUGUAAAUAAUUUUCCCACUCAUCGCGCCGACAUCGAACGGAGAAACGCGGUUUUGUGUCAACCCAUUCCAAGAGAAACAACUCAUUUCGAGUCAGUUGUGCGUUGUUGGUUAUCACGGCGAGUCGUCCAAAUUAUAGUUAAUUGUUGUUGGUACAUACAGCGGGACCAUGCACGACACAAUACUAAAUCAGUUUUUUGAUGCGGAUAUUGGCGCAAAGCUGGAGCGCGACGGGUUCGCGGUGGUGGAGGGGUUUCUCCGCGAGGCCGAGUGCGAGGAGCUGGUGGCCGCCGGGCUGGAGCUCACGCGCGGCCUGCCCGACGCGCCGCCCACCGUCUUCUCCACCACUGAGCCUGAACAACAGCAAUUAAGAGACAAGUACUUUAUGGAAAGCAACGAUAAAAUCAGUUAUUUCUACGAAAAAGAUGCGCUCGAUGCCGAUGGAAAACUUCAAGUGGACCCAAGCACUUCAUUAAAUAAGGUGGGGCACGCGCUGCAUCUGCUGCACCCCAUCUUCCGCUGCUACACGUACAGCGACCGCGUGAAGGCGCUGUGCCGCGCGCUGCAACUAGCCGAGCCGGCCGUCGUGCAGAGCAUGUACAUCUACAAGAACCCGGGAAUCGGCGGCGAGGUGGUCCCGCAUCAAGACAUAUCAUAUUUACACACAGAGCCAAUCCCACCAAUAGGGUUUUGGAUAGCUCUGGAAGACGCGACGAUCCAAAACGGUUGCCUUUGGAUGGCGCGUGGGUCCCACAAGUCGGGCGUCCACAGGCGGAUGAUCCGCAGCCCUGAGAACAGGAACAAGUGCAUCUACGACAAGCCCGCGCCCGUGUAUCCGGAGUCGAGCUUCACACCAGUCCCAGUCUCUAAAGGGACGUGCAUAUUAAUCCACGGGAACGUAGUGCACCGCAGCGCGCCGAACCGCAGCGGGGCGAGUCGGCACGCCUACACCUUCCACGUGGUCGAGCGAAAGGGCAACAACUACUCCGAGGACAACUGGUUGCAAGAAGGAGAGAAUGCCCCCUUUUUAAAUAUUUAUACCACAUCUCAGAUGGUAUAAUACUACUAUAGAUAUCACUAUGACCGUAAAGAAGGUAAAAUAUAAUUUUCUGUCAUAUUUCAAGCCGAUGCGCUAAACGAAGUUACGGGUAUUACCCGGCUCCGUUGAACAAUAGUUGAAAAAUACUUUACUGGCUUAGGUAUGAAAUCUAUUAUUACUACUGUUUUUUACUGUUACGAUUAUACUAGGUACAUAGGAAUUUUAAUGUUUUUUAAAAAAUAAUAGUUAAUUUGAUUUACAAGCCAAUAUUGA